AUGGAUCCAUUCACAGGAAUCACACCUGAGAAACCUACUAAGGGAUUUUCUUACUUUGAAAAGAAUCCUACCACUGAAUAGAUAUUUAAGAGAAGAAAGUUGUCUGAAUAUUCGUCAACCUUUUAAAACAACAAUCCUCACACAAACUACCAUUAUAGUAGCAGCAACCACAACAACAACAAUAAUAACUCUUCUUUGCAUUCUUCUAUUGAUGAAUAUACUUAUUCAAUGCAGAAUUGUGACAGUAGUCGCAGUAGUAGCAGUAACAAUAAUAAUAACAACAGCUACUAACCCUCCUUGAAUUUUAUAAAUACAUUUUCUAGCUAGAAGUAGCCAGAUUCUGUCAUUUAAUAGCUUUCUGUUUCAAAACAAAAAGCUUAAGGUGAGCAACAAAAAAAUUUUCCAACAUCUUUUUAGCCUAGUAAGAAGUAAAGCUGCAUUAAUAAAAGCAAAACUAGUUUAAAGGACUUUCUUAACUCCUCUCCAAACUCAUAGACAUUAGCUUAAAAUCUUUAAAACCAAGAUUGCAAUCUAAAUUCUUACAAAGAAAAUCGUUCAAAAACCUAAUCGUCUACAAGUAUUAAUAACACAAAUCUCUUUGAUUACAACAAUUAUUUCUUUUAGCAAUUGUUGAACUAAAACAAUUCACAAUAAGGAAAUUCAUAAAAUGAUAGUUAAACAGACAGAAAGAGUUUUGAUUCUCUCCUACAGGCUUCAUUUCAAAACCUAUCUAUAAAUGAAAGUAAUUAUAACCCAUAAUAGCAAUAAUAGCCUACUUAAGAUGCUUAUUUCUCCCAAAAAAGGCAAAGUAUAAUUACUAUACCCAAAGUAAUAAAAUCCUAAGCACCUUAAUACUUCUAAAUGAAUUCUAAGCAAGAUGAGAUUUCUACAUCAUAAAUUAAAUAGAAUUAAGUAAUAACAGCAAGUUCUUUAAAUAAUAUAAUCUUAAGCAAAUCUUAGUAAGACAAAGAUAAGGCUAGGUAAGCAACUUAAAAGAUGCAAAAUUAAGCAGUUAUUUCAAGCUAAAUAGAAAAUGAUAUUCUCUACUAGCAUAUAAAUGAAGAAAUCGAAGAGUAAUCUCAGUAGAGUGAACAUUCGUUAAGAGAUUUGAUCGAGGAGCAGGGUUUUGAAUAAUAUCUUAAAAAAAUAGAAGCAAAGAACUUUGAAUCCAAAGAAAGAAACAGUUUUCUUUUAGAAGAUAAGGAAUUUUAGCAAUCGGCAAUACGUGGAAGACUUUCUUUAGGAGAAAAUUGCCCAUUAAAGGCUUUAAAGAAGUAAUUUCCUAUAAUCUUCCCUGUAGGAAUUCCAAUAAUGGGAUAACUUAGUAAAUUGUUUAAUUUUGAGGAAUAAGAAGAUGAAUAAGAAAUAAAACAAAGUCUAUAGAAAAUAAGUAAACCAGAUAGCUUAUUCAUUUAAGAUGAACUUUUAGAUAAUCAAAAAUAAUAAUUUAGCAAUCAAAUCCACAUAUAAGAGUAAUAAGAUGAUCCUUUAUUUAUAGGAAAUCUAACUAAAGAUGAGAGAAGAGAAAAGGUUGAAAAAUAUUUAGAAAAGAAAAAAAAUCGCAAAUGGAAAAGCAUUCGUUAUAAUAUCCGUAAGAAUUUAGCAGAUUAAAGAGAACGUAUUCAAGGAAGAUUUGUAAAGCAAAAAAACAGUAGAUUUAACUUCGAUUUAUUAGAUGCUUAAUAUUUAAAAUAACUCUCUAAGGAAUGCGAUAAAAUGCGUUUGAUUGACAUGUCUCACAAUACUGAUAACUCUUUUGACAUCUAAAAUCACUCAUUUGAUAGUUGA